UUCAUGAACCUCCAACUUGUUCCAUCAACUCUAGGCUCUAGCAAGCUAGCUCCGGUUCUUGUGUUGCGUUGUAUCCCAUAUGGCUCUACAAAGUGGAGAGAAAUUACCCAUGUUUAUUGGGCACAUCUGGUCAAAGCAGAAGAGCAGAUGGACCUUGUUGGGGCUAAGAUUGCUUGCCUUUCUUGCCGCAGCAGCUGCAACUCUUGUGAUGGUUCUCAACAAACAAACCAAAACUUUUGUGGUUGCAACCAUUGGAACUACCCCUGUCAACCUUACUCUCACUGCCAAGUUUCACCACACGCCAGCGUUUGUGUUCUUUGCUAUAGCUAAUGGACUGGUCAGCAUCCACAACUUGGUGAUGAUAAUGAUGGAUUUGUUGGGGAGCAAGUUCGAUUACAAGGGUUUUCAGUUUCCCAUGAUUGCUAGUUUGGACAUGCUAAACCUGGCAUUGGUAUCUGGUGGAGCAAAUGCUGCAGCGUUCAUGGCGGAGCUGGGAAAAAAUGGUAAUUCUCAUGCGAGAUGGGACAAGAUUUGUGAUAAAUUUGGAGCAUAUUGUGACCGUGGUGCCGGAGCUCUUAUUGCUUCAUUUCUUGCUCUUGCUCUCAUGCUUCUCAUUUCUUUCCUAUCUAUCCUUAACCAUAAACUUGUCAACUCAUCAUCCCAUAAUUCUCACAACAAUAUAAUCGCUCUUCCUAAUUAACCCUAAACAUCAACUUUACUCGAACCAUUUCCAUAGACUGUAUUAUUAAUAUGUCAUACUUAGCAUAAACUAUAUAUGUAUGCCUUAUUCAUCAACUAUAUAUGUCUUAUUUUUGAAA